AUGGAUUUCAUUAACAAAGGAAAAGAAUUUUUAUCAUCAGAAAAAGGUAAAGAAUUUACCGAAGAUGCCAAAGAAGGUUACGCUACCUUCAACAAAACCGAAGGUACUACCAUGGAUAAAGCUAAAGCUGCUUACGAAGGAUACCAAAAGGAUCAAAAAGAAGAUAAAGAAAAGAAAGAAGAAAAGAAAUAG